AUGAAUAGUAUUAAAGAAAUUUUGGAAAAUUUUGAGCUGAGUGAACUCCUGGACUCCUUUGAAGCUAACGAUAUACCUAGACUUGGAAGUCUUGAUUUUGACGAGAGUUUACUAGAACAUCUAUUUUUCCUGAGGAUUCCACAGAUUGCAUCCCAACAAGUAGCAAAGGAAAUUAGUACAGUCUUCAAAAAAGAGUCGGAGGAAAUUUAUUUUCGUCCUUACAAAUACACUUCACAAAAAUGUAGUGGAAAGCUUUGGUCAAGAUACAUCAAUGUGAAAAAAACAUUUAAUGAGCUGAGAAAGUGUACCUUAGAAACAACAACUUUUCUAGACAAAAAUGACAAUUUAGGUGAUGAACCCAAUCAGCCAAGAACAGUAUGCAAUUGAAUUUUGCAAAUACAAUAUCUCUCCCAUGGACGAAAUUGAAAAUAAUUGGAACAUUUCCUCCAAUGCACGAUAGAACAUGAUCAAAAAGGGAAUAGGCGUGAUGGAAUAUUUUGAAGCAUUUCCAGUUCUUAAACCAACCACAAGUUUCCAUUUUACUUUUGAACGACUUUCAAAAAAAUUAUCCCACAAACUGUGAUGGUUUAUACAUAAAUUGGACUGAAUUUAGAAAUGCUAUCCUAUACCUACGCAUAAUAUGAAUGUAUGUAUGUAUAUGGAAAAAAAUUAUUAGGAAUGUAAUAAAAUGUUUCAGAAUUCAAUUUGCGUUUUGCUUUUCUUCCAUUUUCCUAUUUUUUUUCUUUCUAAUCUAAACUAAUUGGACCAACAAAAAGUUU